AAGGCGGAACCUGCGAGAUUUAUUACAUUUAUUACAUGUACAUUACUUCCUUAAAAUCACAUAUCUCUACUUGCAACAUUAAGCUGGUCGCACUGCAUUUUCCGUUGAGAAAUGUGCCAAAUCAAACUGUUAUUCAUAAUUCUAGUUGGGGCAAAUAGCCUUCAAGUUGUUACAUCUUAUGCUGAUGGAAUGGUUCAAUCUGCAUGUGAAUCUAUGACUCCCAAGCAUGGUUCUAAUAGGCCGCAAAAUACUAUCGCACCCUAUAAAAUCGACACAAACAUCAGUUCGUCUAACCUGGAUGAAAUCAUGGUGAUCCUCAGGGCCAAUUCUGAAGCAUUCCUAGGUUUUCUGUUGGAGGCUGAAGACAGUCAAUGGCACAGACCUGUUGGCACAUUCACUCUGAUUGAUUCCGCGCAGACUCAGCUUCUAAGUUGCGGUGGACGUAAAGAUUCAGCAGUAAGCCAUACUAACAAUCACCCCAAGAAUGAAAUCAGAGUCAAAUGGAAAAGGCCAAAGGAUGGAAACUAUACAUUCAGAGCCACGUUUGUUCAACAAUACAGUAAAUUCUGGGUUGACGAGCUCCGUGAUCCUGUAACUACCACCUCUCCAACUACCAUUACUUCUGUGACUACCGUCAAAUCUACAGUAACUGGAACGACAUCUCGACCUGAACAACGUGUGGGUUAUAAGGAGAGCACAGCAACAGAGUUGGUGAAUCUCGCAAUCCCGCUCACGUAUGGCUGUCUAACAAAAAUGGCAUUCUACUCCCACAGUGGGCUUUGGUUUCGGGUUCAUGUGUCCCUGAUGUCACUUUUUGCCAUUGGGAAUAUCAUAGCACUUGUUUUAGUGUUUGUAGACGGCUGGAUGACAGAGGCGCAUCCAGUAUUGGUCUGUGUAGUGACAGUCCUGACUUUUAUCCAAAUUGUUGUCACUUUCUGCCGCUGUGGACAGAGUCAUGAACUGAGGUUCAUUUUCAAUUGGUUUCACAGACUGAAUGCAUUGGCAAUUGUAUGUCUUACAGUGGCAACUGUAUUUACUGGUCUGGCUUCCAUUGAAGCCAACUCGCCCCAUCCUAUGCUUCAAAAACUGAUGGGAGGUUUGGUUGCUUGGGAGUGCCUGUUUUUCAUAUUACAACUUUUAAUGAUCUGGUGGAGAAAGACAGAUCAGAAUGACUCUUCAAAGAAAAUGACAAAUGCAUACACCAUCCUCCAUUUGGCAAUGCUGGUUGUUUUCCACAUCAGCAGUGGAGCAUUUCUGGUGGUCCUUCUCAAAAUCAUUUUCACAUCAUAAAAGUCCUACAGAGAAAUAAAUUAGAGGUCAGUUUUGUACAUGUGCUCUAUGGACAUUGUACAAUUGCCUUUGCACUAUCACUUUUACCUGCUCAUAUCAAUUAUUUCUAACAAACAGAAUUUAAAGUGAAAAUGUUUUCAAAUUGAAGAUAGCGUGGAUAAAUGUAUUGAUAUCAGAUCUGAAUCAGUAAUAUAAUAUGAAAAUAUGUUUGAUCUUUGUGUAAAUAUAUACCAUUUUAAUGUGUUUUGAAAUGUAUUUUAAAUAACUGAUUAUAUGUGAAGUGAUUUAGUAAACACUGGCUUUAACAAU